CAAACUCCCUGCUUUGCCAUACGUCCAAACAAAAACCACCUGUCGUUAUCGCAUUGCGUUGUUUCCCCCUCUGUACAUAUACACCACCGGUUGGUGCACUGAACCCCCCUACCCUCAAUCCAACAACAUGAAAGUGCGAAAAGGCAUGCAAUGGCCGGGUGUCGCCGUGGUGAUGGUUGCGCUCUUAUGUGGAGUCGCACGAGCAUCUAUGGGCGACCACUUGCCUGAGUUCAAGCAGUGUGUGCGAGUUUGUAUGGAGGCGAAUUGCGGGGAGGGGAAGGGGGUUGAUAUACCAUUCCACCGUCGCCUCCUCCUCUGGGACUGCCCUUCCGAAUGCGACUACACGUGCCAACACAUCAUUACGCAGCAGCGGCUUGCGCGCGACCCGCCUUACAUGCAGCCCGUGUACCAAUUCCACGGCAAGUGGCCGUUCUAUCGUUUCCUCGGGGUCCAGGAACCGUUUUCGGUCAUCUUUUCGUUGUUCAAUUACCUCGCACACGACUGGGGUAUGGCGCGCCUGCGCGAACGCAUCCCCGCCUCGUAUCCUCUGCGGAAAUACUACUUGAUGUUUGGCUAUGUGGGGCUGGCGAGUUGGACGUUUAGCAUGAUUUUCCAUACAAGGGACACUGGGCUCACGGAGAAGCUGGAUUAUUUUGCGGCGGGCGCGAAUGUGCUGUAUGGGCUUUACUAUGCGCCGAUUCGGGUCUUCCGACUCGAUCGCCCGGAGCCGAGGAAGCAGAGCUUGCUAAGGCUGUGGACGGGGCUGUGUAUCGUGCUGUAUACGUUGCAUGUUUUGUACCUGUCGCUGUGGUCGUGGGAUUACACGUACAACAUGGCUGCCAAUGUGGUGGUGGGGAUCGUGUCGAAUAUCCUGUGGAGCGGCUUCAGUUAUGUGCAGUAUAAGAAGAUUGGGCGCACGUGGGCGGUUUGGCCCGGUAUCUGCGUUGCGUGGAUCGUCAUGGCGAUGAGUUUGGAGUUGUUGGAUUUUCCGCCGUGGAAGGGCAUGAUUGAUGCUCAUAGUCUGUGGCAUCUGGGCACUGUGGUGCCGACCAUCGUGUGGUACAAUUUUCUCCUUCGAGAUGCGCAAGAGGAUAUUGCAGGUACGCGGCUUAAGGAUUAAUGGAAAAGAGAUAUUGCUUUCUCUUGUCUUUCUUUGUUUUGAGAAAUCUUUCUCUUAUUGUCUCAUCUACUACAUGUAUACCGCUCCGUCACUUACCACAUGCGUUCCAGGAAACCUGCCAACAACUACGUCUCGUGGGGGCGUUUGGAAAGACAAGCAUUAAGAAGUUUGGGUGAACUUAUCGGCGAUAGAGAAAAAAAUAUAUAUAUAUCAUGCACUGCUCCUUGCAUAGUCUGCUGG